CCAGCGGUAUAAUUACUACAAUCGUCAAUGCAACGGCGGUUAGUGUUAAAAUAAACACCACUCUGUCUGCCAUUGUAUCGCUGAACCACAUAUAUCCUUCAAGUCUGAAGAUGUUUAAAUCGCACAUGGAAUACAUGGUCACUGUGUCCAUGGACCACUGACCAGAACGUCGGUCAACCAGCUGCUGUGGGACACACUCACCUGUUGGGGUCACCUGGAGAUAGUCCCUACCUGGAGAUAGCCCCUAGGAGCUAGAAUUGGGGAGAAAAUAAGGAUAUACUCAAAAUGGCUGACCACUACCGGAAGCUCCUGGACCGCAGUGAUGACGAGUUAGAGCUGGACACGGCUGAUCGCACCUUGGACCCUCCAUACCACCCACCAGCGGUGGAGAUGCACGACUUGAAGAACAAGAACCGCAGGGCUCGUCUCCAUCUGGACAUCGACCCACGGUACCGGUCCAGGCAAUGCUGCUCCCCUGCUAUAUGUGCCGUGGCGGUGGCGUCACUCCUCCUGGGGGUUGGGGGUGGGUACCUCGCCGGCAUCUUCACGCGGGUGUCUCUACAGGCUGUGAUGAAGCCACGCAUAGAAGCAUUAGGAACAUGGCGGACCAAGUUCACAGACUAUGGCACGGAGUCAUGCAUCCGUCUGGCAGAUGCAGAUGGUGACGGGUAUGAUGACGUCAUCAUUGGCCUCGCAUUCGGAAAGGACGUCAGCUUCAUGUUGACCGAAGACACGAUGGACCAGUUCUGCAAGGACCAAGGUAUGGAGACACCGUGUGCCGGUGCUGUGGUCGCUCUGCGGGGCUACGACGGGAAGCUGUUGUGGCAAGCCAAGACCUAUGCUGAAAUCUUUGAGCUCAACUGUCACUCCAUCGACGUCAACAGGGACGGGGUUAACGACUGCAUAGCCACGGGACGACUUGGCGACAUCAGAGCCAUCAAUAUCAGAAAUGGUGAGAUUAUGUGGGCCAGUGACGGUAACAACUUCAACCGCGGAUGGAACAUCUACCACUCGGUCGCUCUGCCUGACUUUGAUUUCGAUGGUGUACCGGAAAUUGCCAUUGCGCAUGGCGGAGAUCCAACUGUAGCGGCUGAGGUCCAUACGAGGCACGCUGGUUGGCUGAUGAUGUUGUCGGGGGCAACAGGACAACCAAUCGGACGUCCGCUAGAAAUGCCCGAGAACAAGGAGACCUACUGUGCACCUGUUCUUCACACGUUACGAGACGGAUCCCAGUACAUCUUGUACGGGAGCGGAGGCGAAACCGUGGGAGGUUUGUUUCUGGCUAUAUCGGUCCCUGACUUCUACCGGUAUGUGCAGAAAUACCCACGUGAACAGCUCGUGCCCAACGUCAUAGGAGAGUACUCACAAUGGGGAGCGAGGAAUGCAGGGGAUGACGGUGUAAUUGAAAUAUUCAGGUCGCCUGACAAAGGCGUGAUGGUCCCUCCAGUGCUGAUAGACAUGACAGGCGACGGGGUCAAGGACAUUCUCAUGUCGGCCUUUGACGGCACCGUGAUUUUGUUUGACGGCGAGACGUUAGAAAAUCUGUGGAAGAUAAAAUUUAAUGGACGAGAGUCUUACAGUACACCCGCACCGGGACAUUUUAAUGACGAUGACGUCAUGGAUUUUAUGGUUCACUGGAGCAAGGGGGCGUGGCCGUACUACAACACAACCGAUAUAGUCGUGCUUGAUGGCCGUGAUGGUUCCGUGCUGUGGAAUAUGACCACCAACAAGUAUGACGUCAGCUCAGAUUUGGUGGCUCGUACAUCGACCAGAAACAGAGACGUGUUUUUGUUCCGCACCCAGGGGCGAAGAGGAGUUGAUCCCCGGGGGACUGGCGCCAUACACGGGGCUACAGGGAUACAGAGAGUGAUAAACAGAAGAUCCCUAAAUGGCGACUCUGAGCUCUAUGAACAGGAAGUGCGUUCAGAUUCCACCCUGGACGGAGCUCUACUUCCGGAACAUCACUUCCGGGACAUGCGCUCAGUGGAUGAGGACUACAUUGAGUGUGAAUCGGACCAAACAGUUUACAUCGCUGAAUCAUUUGCCAUGGACAGAACAACAAUGAAACGCCCUCUUAAACUCUGGGAGUUUAGUUCUCAAAGAUAUUAUUAUAAACUAACAGAUCUGGACAAACAACUGGUAGAUGAGGUCAUCAAGAAAUAUGGGGAAAACUUCACAGCCACUGAGAACGAGGUCCCCUGGUCUCGUGGAAAACGAGAGGCCAAUGAUACAUCAAAUACUCCACAUUGUAUUCUAAUCCAACCUGACGAGAGAACGACAGGAGCGGUCGGUGACGUGGACGGCGACGGUAAACUCGAUCUCAUCAUAAACGUCGUGUCUGUUGGAGUUCUUCGCGACGACUACGCCAGAUUUGUGAAGAUGAAAUUUAACGUGGAUAUCUUCAAGGUCACCCUGAAUGACCUUAUAGACCAGGAAUUGUAUACCCCGAUUAAUGCCACAAUGCAUGACAAAAUGAAGAUGCUGAACAAUGAAAAUUCAAUAACGUCAUUGACGUUCUUGCAGAAGGAGCGUCAAACAUGGGGAGGGUAUCUUGGAACGCUUGGGGACAGUAUUUUCAGAGAUGGUGACUGAGAAUCUGCGGAUGCACAUACCAAAUAGUGACACCAUUCUUACUUCCAGUAAUGUUGAGAAAAACAAAUGCUUCCCUGUUACAAACCUGACAAGAAAUGACGUGCGCGUUGUUUUCACCCGCAGAGUGAGUGAGUAUGAUUUUGCGCCGCUUUAAGCAAUAUUGCAGCAAUAUCACGGCAGGGGACACCAGACAUGGUCUUCACAUAUUGUACCCAUGUGGGGAUUCGAACCCGGGUCUUCGGCG